AUGGUGCUCGCAACCUCUGCCCCGCUUUUCCCUAACCCGGCCGCAGCGCGGACCCGCUGGCCGACGCUCGCGGCCGCGCCGCCACCUGCUGGCAAGAUUGACGGCCGACGGCUCGCAAAGCUUGUCGAGCGCGUCCGCCGCUCCCCGAAAUCUGCAUCCUUCUACCUCAACGAGGAAGCGGAAGCGCUCUCACCACGCGCGUACUCCCGCGUGCUCAAGGGUUUUCGCGAUCGCAAGGCAUGGCGCGCCACCCUCUCCACCAUCGCCCAUCUCAAGGCGAGAGAGGAACUCAACUCCAUCCACGCCACGCUGGGCUUCAGCACCUGUGCAGCAUGCCAGAACGCGAUGGCGGCGAUCGAGCUUCUCGACAUCCUCGGCCUGCCACACGGGCGUGGCGCCAGCCUCGACGUCGACCUGCGUUGCCUCAACCAGGCCAUCGUCGCGCUGGGCUCUGCUCCGCCACGCACGCUGCUGCCCGCGCCCGCCGCAUCCGCCGCGCUGCGCGUCCUGCACGACUUUAUCCCCGGCACGGGGCUACAGCCGGACGCAUUCAGCUACGAGGCGGCCCUGUCCGCGCUGUCCAGGGCGGGCGACGGCUCCUCUGCCCUCUCGGUCUUUCGGGAGAUGCGGAGGGCGGUGGCGCCGGACGUGGUCUGCAUCGGCGCCGCCCUCUCCGCCGCCAACCAUUGCGGCGAGUCGGAGCGUGCGCUCUCCCUCUUCGACUCGAUGGAGGUGGAGCCCAACCACCACUGCUGGGACCAGCUCUCGUACAACGCGGUGCUCGACGUGCUGCACGGCACGCGCGAGGGCGAGCGCAUCUUCGCCGACGCCGUCGCCGCGCGCGCGUACCGCGACUUCCUCUCGCGCCGCGGGGCUCGCUGGACCCUCGACUUGCACGGCCUUUCGAGCGGCGCGGCGCAGCAGGCGGUGCUCUGGAUGCUGCAAAAGGUGCAGUCGAGCCACUUCCGCGACGUGCACGCGGCGCACGCGCCCGACUCGCCGCCGCAGCUGACCAUAGUCGUCGGCAAGGGCAAUGGCCGCCUCGCCUGGCAGCGCUCCUCGGCCGGCAACCGCUCCGUGCAGGCGUCGGUCGAGCGGCUCCUCGCCGAGGCGAAGGCGCCGGUCGUGCGCACCUCAAAGGGCGGCGCGGUCGAGCUCUGCUCCGAGUGGCUCGAGCGGCACGCGGCGGACGAGCCGCACGCGCCGCCCGAAGGGCAGUGCCACGUGGUCAGCCUCGAGGGGAGCGGGCCGGGCCAGCUGCGCGAGCACACCGUGACUUGCCCGACUUGCCGCCAGUCCCUCCACGCCUUCUUGCCCGAAGGGCUCGUCUCGGCGCAGUGCAGCGAGUGCCAGGACGUGUUCCCCGUGCGGGGCCACUGA